AUGGCGUCCCAAUUCCAGCCGGUCACAGCGGUUGAACAGCGGGCCCGCGAUGUCGUCCGGCAACUGUUCGAUUUUAUCCUUGCCCAAGGCGACGCAGACUACAUUGGCGAGCCCAUUUCCCAGCUCGAACACUCCCUCCAAUCAGCGCAUCUCGCGCGCGAAGCAGGUGCAGACGACGAGACGGUCCUUGGCGCCCUCUUGCACGAUGUGGGACGCUUCAUCCCGGCUGCGGACAAGAUGCCGACCAUGAUCGCUCCUGAUGGAACGUAUGUCGGCAGAGCGAGCCAUGAGGUUGUGGGUGAAAGAUAUCUGAGGCACUUGGGCUUCAGCGAAAAAGUCUGUCAGUUGGUGGGUGCACAUGUGAUGGCGAAAAGGUAUUUGACUGCGGUGGAUAAGGGGUAUUAUGAUGGGCUAAGCAAUGCUAGUAAGAAUACGUUGAGAAUGCAGGGUGGAGUUUAUAACGAAACUCAAGUCAAAAAGGCCCAAGAGGAUCCCUACCUGGAGGCAAAGCUCCAGGUACGGCGAUGGGACGACCAAGCGAAAGUUCCAGGCAUAAAGACACCACCUCUUUCAGCUUAUCAGGAGCUUGCUGUACGGUGCCUUACUAAUUCUUCGAUGCCUACGGUCGAACUGCAUUCUACUAGAUACACUCUGCCUCAUGCCCCAACUGUUGUUGUCUGCGUCGAUGGGUUUGACCCUGAGUAUCUUGAACACGGAAUUGCGUCUGGAAUCAUGCCGACUUUCAAAUCAUUCCUGGAAACCGGUUUCCAUACGACAGCCAAAUGUGCGAUGCCUUCCUUCACCAACCCAAACAACAUCUCGAUAAUUACUGGUGUGCCACCAUCUGUCCACGGAAUCGCAGGAAACUAUUUCCUCGACCCAGAGACCAAAGAGGAGCGUAUGAUCCAGGACGACACUUUGCUCCGAGGCUCGACAAUCCUGCAACUCAUGGCUAGUCGCCAGGUGAAAGUUGCAGCAGUAACCGCGAAAGACAAGUUGCGUCGCAUAAUAGGCCACGGCUUGUCAGAUGCAAUAUGUUUUUCUGCUGAAAAAGCCGGCUCUUCUUUGCUUGCGGAAAAAGGAAUUGAGAACGUGGAAGGCUGGCUUGGCUGUCCUGCGCCUUCCCAGUACUCAGCGGACUUGUCUCUUUUUGUUAUCGACGCUGGAAUCAAAUUAUUACGGGAAAAAAGAGCAGAACUGCUUUAUUUGACACUAUCAGACUUUGUACAACAUAAGCACGCCCCGGGAGAGAAGGAAUCAAAUGAAUUCUUUGCAUCAUUGGACCGUCGCUUGCGGGAACUUGUGGAUCUCGGAGCCGUUGUAGCCGUAACUGGAGACCACGGCAUGAGCGACAAGUGUACCACUGGCAAUGCACCAAAUGUCUUAUUUUUGCAAGAUGGGAUGGAAGCGAGGUUCGGACCGGGAUGUGCCAAGGUGAUUUGCCCCAUAACGGAUUCCUAUGUUCGUCAUCACGGCGCUUUGGGUUCGUUUGCUCAAGUGUAUCUGGGAUCACCCGAGUUGUUGCAAACGGCACUCGAGUAUUGCCAGUCUUUGCCUCAAGUACAACUGGCCUUGAGCAGCAAGGAAGGUGCAGAACUACUUGAAAUACCCCAUGAUGGCGAUAUUGUCGUUGUUUCUGUUAAAGACGCGGUUAUUGGUAGCCGAAAUAAGGACCAUGAUUUGACGAAUCUUCAAGGCCACCGACUUCGUUCCCAUGGCGGCCUUGCGGAGCAGGAUGUUCCCUUGCUCAUGUCACGUCCAGUUAGAGACAAAGCCCGAGCUGCGACAAGGGAUUGGCGCAACUAUGAUGUUUUUGAGCUAGUGCUCAACUGGUAA